AUGACGCUAGCUCUUCCAAAAGACUUUCUCUGGGGUUUUGCUACCGCUGCCUACCAAAUUGAAGGAGCCCCCGAAGCAGACGGCCGAGGCCCCUCAAUCUGGGACACAUUCUGCGCCAUCCCCGGCAAAAUCGCCGACGGCUCCUCAGGCGCCGUAGCCUGCGACAGCUACAACCGCACCGCUGAAGACAUCGCCCUUCUCAAAGAAACUGGCGCCAAAGCUUACCGCUUCUCCAUCGCCUGGUCACGAAUCAUCCCCUUGGGAGGCCGCAACGACCCCGUCAACCAGGCCGGUAUCGCCUUCUACAAGAAAUUCGUGGAUGAUCUCCUUGCUGAGGGGAUCACCCCUUUCGUGACCCUCUUCCAUUGGGAUCUGCCUGAUGCGUUGGAUAAGCGAUAUGGAGGGCUUCUGAACAAGGAGGAGUUUGUGGCGGAUUUCGCCAACUAUGCGAGAGUUUUGUUUGAGGGCAUUCCGAAGGUUAAGCAUUGGAUUACGUUCAAUGAGCCGUGGUGUAGUUCGAUCUUGGGAUAUAACACUGGAUUGUUUGCGCCAGGACAUACAAGUGAUAGGACGAAAUCGCCGGUGGGUGAUAGUAGUAGGGAGUGUUGGAUUGUGGGACACAAUUUCUUGAUUGCUCAUGGAACAGCGGUCAAGAUUUACAGAGAGGAAUUCAAGCCAAAGAAUGGUGGUGAGAUUGGUAUCACUUUGAAUGGUGACGCCGUCUACCCCUGGGAUCCCACCGACCCCCUCGACGUCGAAGCCGCCGAACGCAAACUCGAAUUCAGCAUCUCCUGGUUCGCCGACCCCAUCUACCACGGCCACUACCCCGCCUCAAUGGUCAAACAACUCGGGGACCGCCUACCCACAUUCACACCCUCGGAAAUCGCCCUCGUCCAAGGCUCCAACGACUUCUACGGCAUGAACCACUACACCGCCAACUACAUCAAGCACAAGACCACCAUCCCCGAAGCAGACGACUUCCUCGGCAACCUCGAAACCCUCUUCGAAUCCAAAACAGGCGAGAACAUCGGCCCCGAAACUCAAUCCUUCUGGCUCCGGCCCAACCCACAAGGCUUCCGCGAUCUGCUCGUCUGGCUGUCCAAGCGGUACGGUAAUCCCAAGAUCUACUGCACGGAGAACGGCACCUCGCUCAAAGGCGAGAAUGACUUACCUCUGGAGAAGAUCUUGGACGAUGAGUUCCGCGCCGAGUACUUUAGGGGGUAUAUCGAUGCGCUUGCUAAGGCAGUGACGCUUGAUGGUGUGAAUGUUAGGGGGUACCUCGCGUGGAGUCUGAUGGAUAACUUUGAGUGGGCGGAGGGGUAUGAGACGAGGUUUGGGGUUACGUUUGUGGAUUAUGAGGGCGGGCAGAAGAGGUAUUUGAAGAAGAGUGCGAAGGUUGUGGGGCCGCUUUUUGAGAAGUUGAUUGAGAAGGAGUAG